GCUUUGGGUUAGGAGCAAAAUAAUCACAGACUGGCUGCACUGGUGGAGGAUGAAUUGAUCAAAACUGUGAAGCUGGGUUUCCAGUUGCUGGCAGGAUCCAGAAAAUGGGUUACUGGAAGAGGCUGGGUCUGAUUUCCCUACUACUGCUGUCCUUCUCAUGUUCUGCUGAGGCACGGAGAAAUCUGAAGACCAACUUGUGUAAAUGGUGUGACUCCACCUCCCCAGCGUGUGAGGAAAAGGUGUGCUACAGCAACUGUAAUUUGAACUCCUAUUGUGAGAGUCCAUAUGAAAUCUGUGUGGCCAUAUGGAAGCAAGACAAUGACAGCAUUAAGAUCAGCACUCUGUGCCACAACCCACAGCUCCCAGUAGAAAAUGUAAUGGUUCCAAAUUACAACACCUCACAGUGCAUCAUGACCCAUCAGUCUAGUGAGGAAGGAAUAUUUUACAUCUGUGGUUGUGUGGAUGAACAGGAAUGCAACGAUAAACUCAUAUUUGAAAACCACACCAAUGGAUACUCCAUGCUGCAGAGCAAAGAGGUCAUUCCUGUAGCAGCAAUAAGCCUACUCCCACCUCUGCUCGUGGCUGUCAUGAUAACGGUGAUAUUUUACCUCUGCCGCACCCAGAAGCAGAAAAAGAGAACCAAGGACUGGGGCCAGAAGCACACACAGCACCAGGCUUUGCCCGAGCCAGGAAAAGCUGAUGAGGAUGAGAAAUUAUCUGUGAUGACAGACGACAAUCACUCCAGCAUGAGCUUCACCUGCACCAACAGCAUCAACCAUAACACCGAGCUGCUGCCCAUUGAGCUGGAUGAGAUAGUGGGGAAAGGCCAGUUUGCCGAGGUCUGGAGGGCCAAGCUGAACCACACAAAUUCAGGGCAAUACGAGACAGUAGCUGUUAAGAUUUUCCCGUGCGAGGAAUAUUCCUCAUGGAAAAAUGAAAGCCAGAUCUUUAGGGAUACCAGCCUCAAGCAUGACAGCGUCCUUCAAUUCCUUACAGCAGAGAACAGGGGGUCUGGGCCCCGGAAGGAAUAUUGGCUCAUCACUGCCUACCAUAGAAGGGGCAACCUGAAGGACUACCUGUCCCGACACAUUCUGAGCUGGAUAGACUUACAAAAAAUGGCCGGCUCCCUGGUGAAUGGCGUGGCCCACCUCCACAGCGACUACACUGCCUGUGGCAGACCAAAGAUCCCAAUCGCUCAUCGGGAUAUAAAAAGCACCAACAUCCUGGUGAAGAACAAGUGGGAGUGCGUGAUUUGUGAUUUUGGCAUUGCUCUAAAGCUAGACCCUUCCUUAACAGCAGAUGACUUUGCUAACAGUGGGCAGGUUGGCACUGCCAGGUACAUGGCUCCUGAGGUUCUAGAAUCUAGAGUAAAUCUGGAAGACCUGGAGUCCUUCAAACAAAUGGACGUCUACUCCAUGGCCUUGGUUUUAUGGGAAUUGGCCUCCAGGUGUGAGGUUGUAGGAGAGGUAAAAAGUUACGAGCUACCUUUUGGGUCGAAAGUCCAGGAGCAACCCUGUGUGGAUACCAUGAGAGACAUUGUGCUGCACGGCAGAGGGCGCCCAGAGAUACCUUGCAACUGGCUAGUGCAUCAGGGAAUGCGCUUUCUGUGCGACACCAUCACAGAGUGUUGGGACCAUGACCCCGAGGCUCGCCUUACAGCCCAUUGUGUGGCAGAGCGGUUCAAUCUGAUGGCACAAAUGGACUGUGAUGACAUCCUCAACAACAAUACAGACAAUGAAGGCAGCAAAACAGCCCAUCGAACUGGGGAACAUCAAGCCAGUGACGGGAAUAGAAAUACCCAGUGACAGGAAGAAAUGAAAGCCUCGUAUUAAAAAGAAACAAGGAGAUUAAAGACAAAUACGUGGCUCUAAAAAAAAAAAAUUAAAAAACCCUCAAUUCAUUUUCCUAAAAUUAACUAAGAGCUAGUUUAUAACUUAUUUAUCAGACCUUCCAUCUGGUAAGUACAAAGCAAAGAGAGAGGGAUAGCUCA